GAGGUGAUUGGCUGUGUGCCGAUGACGGCCCUGGAACCUCCCAGCUCCGAGUCCGAAGCCGGUGAAGGAGGCGCUGGCUGUUGCGGCGGGUCUGUCUGAUAAUGGACCAUGUGCUGAUGUGUGUGCUUGAAAUGUUGCAAAUAACAAUUUGUGAAGACUUUGCCAUCUAGAUGCUUAACUGGAUUAAACGCCUAAUUAGGAUGGUUUGCGAACAAGUUGGAAUAAGUAUGGAAUCAGUACUCUGGUCAGGCAAACCAUAUGGUUCAUCUCGAAGUAUUGUGAGGAAGAUCGGUACUAAUUUAUCUCUGAUUCAGUGUCCAAGAGUUCAAUUUCAGCUUACCAGUCAUUUGACGGAAUGGAGCCCUAAUCAACAUCAAGGGGAUGCAGUGGCUUCUUUUGCUGAUGUGGGAUGGGUUGCUCGAGAAGAAAGAGAAGUUUCUACAAGAUUAAGAACAGAGGUUGGAUCAAAGCAGGCCCCUCCAGAUGAAUUUCAUUUUUUUGAGAAGCCCCCAAAUAGACACCUUUCUUUACCAAACCUCGCUCCAGAGGAUCCAGAACCCAAAGUGACAGCUUUAGCCAAUGAUGAAGCAUUGCAGAAGAUCAAUGCACUGGAACAUGAACUGGCUACUCUCCGAGCACAGAUCGCCAAAAUCGUGACUUUGCAAGAACAGCAGAGUCUUACUUCAGGUGGCUUAAGUCCUACCACACCCUCAAUUGCCCCACCAUCACCUGCUGUUCCACCACCACCAUUACCACCACCACCACCACCACCACCACCACCACCACCGCCACCUCCUCUUCCUUCAUCAGGACUACGCCAAAGUGUAUCUGCUAUUGAUCUGAUUAAAGAGAGAAGAGAGAAGAAAACAAGUGCUGGAAAGAUAUUGAUAGAAAAUAGCCCAAAGAAACCUGAAGUGCCAAAUAUGCUAGAAAUCCUAAAAGACAUGAACAACGUAAAACUUCGGUCUGUAAAAAGAUCAGAGCAAGACAUAAAAUUCAAACCAGUGGACCCUGCUGACCCUGCAAGCCUUAUUGCAGAAGCUUUAAAAAAGAAAUUUGCCUAUCGGUACCGAAGUGAUACUGAAACUGAAAAAUCCAUUCCAAAAUCUGAAUCAAAGACCACCUCAGAAACAAUAUUGUUUGGGCCACACAUGCUGAAGUCUACAGGAAAAAUGAAGUCUUUAAUUGAAAAUGUUUCACAUUCCUAAGUAGACACUAAGUAGAAGGAAAAGACUAUUUUGUUGAACUGUUGUUUAGUUAGGGUUAAGUAAGACUGAUAGAAAUCAACAUUAUUUAGCAGGCUGCUUGUGGAACCAAAAAGUAAAUUAAACCAUGAUAAAAACACUAUUUUUUGUUUCUGAAAGAUGGUCUGUUCUGAAGCCACUCAUAGAAUAUGUGGAUUCUGACAAGUUUUCAUGUAUCCAAGUUGCUUGGAUUUAAAUUGUCCAUUCUUUAAAAAAAAAAAAAAAAUGUUUAGAUUUCAGAACAUUUGUGGAUAUUACUCUGAGGUUUUUAAUUCCUAAACACUAUAAUUUAUCUGUACAAAUGUUUUAUUUGCAUGUAUUUGACAGAUUUAAAACAGUUUGUGAUGAUGGCAAUGAAGUACUGUUAAGUUAUCUUCAUUCAUAUUAAAUAUUAAUUUUGUCUACAAUGAUGGAACAGCUGGUAUAACAUAAGUUGUUGCAGUGAAACAUUUAAUUUGAGAUUUGAAUCUUCUUGCCUGGAACAGAGCUCAAGAUUUACUUUAAAACUCUAAUUUCUUUCUCGUACUUGUUGGAAGUUAGAGGUCAGAAAGUUGCAAGAAGACAACUUAAUGCUGAAAUAUGUGUCAAAAUGCUCAUUUUUAAGUUGAAGUGGAUGACCUUGAAGGCUUCUUUCAUCUCAGUACCACUCAGUACCAAGUGAAAAAAAAUGCAGGAGAAAGAGAGGAAUCAAGUUAGCUUUUGACUUAGAAUCCUUUUGUUUGUAAAGACCAAAUGUAUCAUUGUGUUUUUCCCCUUUUGAUGGCUCAUUGUUUAGUAGAUAAUUCUGAAAUGUCAGCAUAAUUGGAGGAUUUCAGAAAAUGUAAUAGUUGUUUGAAACAUGAUGUUUGAGUGUUUCAGAAAGUGUUUGAUUGUUAGUGAACUUAGUAGAUAGGGAAAGGAGUUGUUGAGUCUAGCAGUAAGAGAAAGUAACUUCCUAUUAAUUGGUAUAUAUCUGGUCACUGUAUUGUUUCCUAGAACAGCAUCAAAAAAACAAAUUCCAGGUAUUAAAUAUUAAACACUUUCUGCUGUUUUAAGCUACAUUUCCUACUUUUACAGCCCUCAUGACAUCUUUUGUAAUACCAACAGUGCUGUGUCUCCACUUGACAAACACAGCUAGAGUCAGUGCUUGAAAAAUCUUUAACCAUGAUUUUUUUUUUUUUACUCAUUGAAUUUAAAAUUCUAAUCUCCUAGGGAAAAUCCUACACUUCUUUGAGAGGCGUAGGGAGAGUUUUCACUUUUAAUUUAUUUACAAAUCUGUGCAAUGGCCUCUUAAAUAUUAAAGUUUAGUUGAAGUAUAUGGUACAGUCUUCAAGGGUUUUGAUUAUUCAGCUUUAAUUUUGAAUUGUGACUACUCAUUUUAACAUGCAUUUUAAAGUUGUGUCUCUUUUACAUAUUUUAAAAGACUACCUAUCCUUAAAAAAAAUUUCAAAACAUCUAGUUUCAUAAAUAUUUUGGCCUUCUGAGAGGGAUAUAUUUGUACUGAUAUUGAACUUAUGCCUGGGCACAGAUUUAAAAGACAUUACUAUUUUAAAAUAAAGCAAACUGUUGUUUCUCCUGGAUUAUGUGGAUUUGUAUCAUUCUCAGUAGACAAGAGUCCUUUACUUCCAUUACAAAUGUAACUUCACUAGCAUCCUUUGUCCUUGCCUUCAGUAUUUUAAGGAGACAUGUGUUCCCUAAAAUAAGCUACCAGCAGAAGGAACUGUACUUAAAUUUUAAAUCUUUUCCAGUUUUAACUUUCUUAAGAAAUCAUUCCAUAGAAAUUCAUACACACAUGCACACACACACACACACACACACAUACAUACACAAACACGUUUAAGUAGACACUUUCUUGAAACUCUAGCUUAGUUCUUUGCCCCUCUUUGUUAUCCAGUUUUUCAAGUCUAGUGUUCGAUUUUUUUUAACCCUUUUCCCCAAUCAACAGACAUCUUAAUGGCAGCGCAAUUUUAAAGUUGGAAGACAACAUUAGAGAUGAUACAGCUAAUGCUAACCACCUCUGUGAGUACUACUGUAAACAGAACAAGAACUCCUGUUUUUAACUAGCAGGUUUUUUUUUGGGGGGGGGGGGUGUUGGUCUCAGGACUUUACACUCAUAAAAAUUAUUUAAGAUUUCUCCCCAAGAGCUUAUGUUUAUGUGGGUUAUAUCUGUUCUUACUAUGUUAGAAAUUACAAUGUUUAAAUAUUAUUGUGAAAAUAGCUUUGACCUUUCAGAUCCUUAAAAGGAUCCAGGGUUCCCUCUGUGAGCCACUGACUUAGACAAAUAAUUCAAGAUGGGAAAGUGAGGAAGAAGGAUCUAAGCUACAAGAUAAGCAUGCAUGCUCCUGAGAACAUAUUUGAUACCAGUAAUGCAAAGGAACUGCAGAGUUAAGUUGUGGACCCUAUUGAUGUUUCCUUAUUUCCUACACGUCUUUGUGCUUUUUGUGUUGCAAUCAUGGAGCUCUGUAGUUGUGUGGAAAAAGGACUUUAUACCUAGCCUUUUUAUAGCCACAUUUUCAUAUAUCCCAGAACACGGGCAAGAAAUGCAUAGUGCAUGUGGAGUUAGUCAACUAGGAAGACCAAAUACUGACCUGGCAUUGGUUGGUACAACAAUAGAAUGCAAUGAAAUGAAUAUACACCCAUUUCUGUCAUCUAGUGUGAUGCCCGUAGGUUUGUCCUUGCCCCCAGCCCUGCCUGACAACAGAAGUUGCUAUUGUGGCUAUUCUCUGUGCUAAUAACUUAAGCACUUUAGGAAGAUGUUUGUAGAACCACAAGGGGGAGAAAAGAGGGUCCCGCAUUAAACUGUGCCAUUUGAAACGACUACUGGUUGGUUCUACAGACUCAAUAUGACUCCCUCCAUUCUCCCCCCAACGCACCCCCAGCAUGUGCCAUUCAUGGGUAGUGCAGAGAACUCUGAAUUUUGCGUGAGAAGGAUCUAGGUCCAACUUUUGGCUCUCACUGAAUCCAGUCUUUUGUUAGCCCCUUUCACUGUGGUCUUCUCUGUAGGAUGCCCAUUCUGUUUUUGAAAGAAAUUAAAUACAUUCUAUAACAUUAAAAGUUAAAAAAAAAAAAAAAAGGCUGGCCACAACAUGCCACUUGACAGAUGUUGCUAAUAAGUGAUAAACUGGAAUGAGUAUUUUGACACAUUAAGUUCAAAAUCUGUUCACUUGUCAAAAGUUUAAUUCGAAUAAAAGUUGGCAUCACAA